AAUAGAGGAACAACGUUAGACUUCCACCCCCACGGUUUCUUUCGGUUCUACGUCACACUGUCGAAUAAUUCACACGCAUCACUUCGCCACCAUUCUUUUUUAUGUGGUCGUUUUGAUUCCUUCCCUCUCACGUCCAUUGGCUCCUCCAAAACACUUAUCCCUUUUCAUCUUACACCGCCAUUGGCCACAUCACGACACGGCGUCGUUUUGCACCAACCCCUUUCUCCUCCUCUACCCUUCCCAUCUCUAUCCUCACACCCUUAUCGCCUCAAAUCUUUUUUGUCCUUCUCCCCCUCUGAUUUUUCGCCAAAUUUCUCAUCUUUUUGUUUCCUCCGCUUGAUUUUUCUUCGCCUCAAAUAUUCUUCUGCGUCUCCUUCUCCCAAACCCCCUUUAACUCUUGUGAGGAGCUCAACAGAUUUUGGGGGUUCUUUCUACUUGUUAUUAUUAUAUCAUUCCCUCCUAGUUUUUUUUUCUUUCUUUCUUCUUCUUAUGCCUUUGCCACAAUCUUUAUACGAUAUGUUGGAGAACCCUGCAACAUUGGGGUUCUGUACACUUGUGGGAAUGUUUUUUAGUCCUCUGUGGGUAGCAUUUUUCGUUGGGGUCAUUGUUGGAUGGUUUUGGAAGCCGAAAUGGGCGAGGUUGGGUAAGGAAAAAUUAACAACUUCUCUUGCCAAAUCCUUAGAUUUUGCCUCACCCUCCUCGGCUUCUUCUCCUUCUAAGUCUGUAGUUUCUCCCAUUAGGAGUUCUUCUUCGUCUCCCUGCCUUAACUCCAUUAAGAUGCAACGACCGAACCCAGAAUCUCUGGCCAUGAAGAAAGGGACAGAUAAAAAAACUUCUUCUUCGUCCUCUCCCGUGAAAUUUGAAAGUUCCUACAAUUCAUCCAAAACUACUGAAGAAACUCCCGAUGCCGUGACAAUAAGGGAUUUUCAUCAUCUGUGGUUGCUUGUGGAGGAGAAAGAUGGAGGUCUCGCUUGGAAUCAGAUGAUGGAUCGUUCUACACCUACUAUGAGUUAUAAAGCAUGGAAAAGAGAACCAAAGGAUGGUCCUCCCCAAUAUAGAAGCAGCACUAUUUUUGAAGAUGCUACCCCUGAGAUGGUGAGGGACUUGUUCUGGGAUGAUGAAUUCAGGCCUAGAUGGGACGACAUGCUUACAAGCUCCUCAACUAUUGAAGAGUGUCCAACUACUGGUACCAUGAAAGUGCAAUGGAUACGGAAGUUUCCCUUUUUCUGUAAGGAUAGAGAAUACAUAAUUGGUCGGCGAAUAUGGGAAUCUGGAAGACAUUACUAUUGUGUGACUAAGGGAAUAGAUUGCCCUUCAAUCCCUAGAAGAGACAAACCUAGACGUGUUGAUGUGUACUAUUCUAGUUGGUGCAUUAGAGCAGUGGAAUCAAAGAGAGGGACCGGUCAGUUAACUGCCUGUGAAGUCUUACUUUUCCAUCAUGAAGAAAUGGGCAUUCCAUGGGAAAUUGCAAAGCUUGGAGUAAGGAAAGGAAUGUGGGGAACUGUUCAGAAGAUUGAACCUGGUUUGAGAGCCUAUCAAGAAACAAGAGCUUCUGGUGCUGCACUUUCUCAUUCAGCCUUUAUGGCUCAAGUCAACACAAAAAUAAGUCCUGAAGACUUGCAAUCCAUUGGAGCCAAUGAUAAUUCAGAGGAGGAUAGAAGUGUUGCUUCUCCUGAGAAACCACAGGGCGUGAACAUUCCCAAGAUGCUAGUUAUUGGUGGUGCUGUAGCUCUUGCUUGUAGUCUGGAUAGGGGUCUAGUGACCAAGUAUCUUUUAUUUGGUGUUGCUAGAAGAUUUGCUAAUAUAGGUAAAAGAUAGUUAAAAAUGGAGAAGGAAUGAAUGCCUUAAAUGGCAUUCUUUUGGACGAUAACUCUUGUUAUUAUUGCUCUAAAAAAUUAGAAUUUAGAGGUCUCUUUUGUGGAGCAAUUAAGUUAUAGUUCAAAAAUAAUAUUAAAGAAAACAAGACAAUCCCGAGGUGAUGGAGGGAGUAGGUGGCGAUUAUUUUUUUCUUGGACUAUGAGUAGUUCUCGUUGAUCAAGAUUCAGGGCUGUGUAAGUUUGUGUAAAUUCAGUAUCAAUUAAAAAGGAAAUACAUGAAAAAGUCUUUCUGUGGUU